AUGUCCUGCGCAGAAGAGCAUGGGGACCAUCAUGGACAUGGACAUGAUCAUGGAGAUCACCAUGGACAUUCGCAUGAAGUACCCCUCUCUGCUGGCCCCAACGACUCGCUGUAUGGGGUCGUCGAUACACCCAAUGUGGUGGCUCUGAAUGCCAUGGACGGCGGGGAAGCUGGGCAACGGGCAAUCAAACCUUGGCAUGAGAAAGAGGACGAAGGCAAGUAUUGCGAGAGUGAUGCGGACGACAGUCUCAUCAUCAAGAUACCGUUCAAUGCUUCGGUCUCCCUCCGAUCUAUCAGUAUCAAAGCUGGUCCUGGGGGACAGACACCGUCUGAGAUGAGAUUAUUCAAAGAUGCUGCGGGGAUGGACUUCAGUGAUGCAGAGGCUGCUGAGCCGGCUCAAAUGCUGGAAAUGGUGGAGAGUACUGAAUGUGUCGAGUACCAAGUCAAGGCGGCUAAAUUCGCCGGGAUUACAUCUUUGACUCUCUAUUUCCCCGGCAACACCUCGGAUGGAGAAGAGGACACGACAAGAGUGUACUACAUUGGCCUGAGGGGGAAGUCCGCGCCUCUGCCUCAGCGUCCCGGCAUUAUCCUUUAUGAGAGCGCUGCGCGACCUACGGAUCACAAGCUGGAGCAGAAGCUCAUGGAAGGUUCCUCAUAUCGACCAGGGCUCUGA